AUGAAUAGAACACCAAGUUUUCGAUAAGCAGCUAAUAAAGAAAAUUUAUUUAUUUAAAUUGCUAACAAAAAAUCACAAAGCAUAGGCUCAAAAGUAAUAAAAAGCGAAACCUCUAAAUAUGCUGAUGAACAUUAUGAAGACUUAAUUAAAAAAAUUUAUUAACUAGAUUAAGAAAAUAAUAAACUUAGAGAAUUGCUGAAAAAAUCUAAUUAUUUACAAUUUAAAUUUGUGGAUUUGUCUAAAAGCGACAUUUAUCUCCAUUCCUUUACUGAUAUUAAAAAUAGGAGUUUAGAUUUAAGCCUAGACGAAUUAAAAGGGAUUAAUCAAGGAAGAAGCAAUGAGAUGCUAUCAUAGAAAAAAUCCUCUACUCCAAGGUAAAGCUUAACAGCAAAAUAAAUUUAAAUAUAAAAGCAAAGAAAUAAUUUAAUUAACUCCUACACUUAAGAUUUAAUUUAAGAUUAAACUACAUUUGAUUACUUAAUUCCUGAUGAAGUUUAGGAAUAAGAGAAUUGCUUUUAAGAAUUUUAUAAAGCUUUACUUAUAAAUGUAGUCAAUAAAGACAUGAGAAUAUUUAAACACAUUGAUUAAGUAGUAGAGCAGGAGUUGAAAUAAAAUUUUUAAGCAAAUUGUCAAAAUUAUGAUAAGCAAAAGACUCUUUUAAGCAAUUUACUUUAAUUAUUGAGUAAUAUGUAAAAUUAUUGUUGUGGAGAGCAUCCAGAUAAUUAAUUUAUAAUGAGAGCUUAUAAAUAGAUGCAAGAAAUAAUAGGAUCUAUGUUCAGAAUGUUUGAAAAAAUGAAGCUUCAUAUUUUACCUUUAAAUCAUAUUUAAUUAAAUUUUCAAGAGAGAAUCAGUGAAAUUGAUAAGCUUUAAGAAUAAACUGAAUAUGCUUAAUAAUAAUUAAGAAAAGCAUCAAUUAUAAUUGAGCAUCUCAGCAAAGAGAAUUAAUAAUUAACAAUACAAAAUAAGGAGUAUUAAGACUUUUUCACCUAAAUCAGUUAUAAAUUAUAGAUAAAUGAAGAUACAUCUUAGUUAAAACAGAGUUUGGAUUCUUUAAUGAAUAAAUGUAUAGAUGGAAUUAUAAAGCUUCAAAAUUUUGAAUUUCAGAAAUGUCGAAAAAUAGAAAAAAUUAGUCCAGUUCAAAAUGAUUAAACUGAUCUAUAAUAAAAACUGAAAAUAAUUUAAGAUAAAUAUGAGAAAUUGAAAUAAAAGAACAACAAGAAUAAAGAAAAAUUUAAGUUUUGUUUAAAUAAAAUAUAUGAUUGCUUUGAAUAAAAUGUUAAGCAAGAUUACUUUUAACAAUUAACAAUUGAAGAAUAAGUGCAAUUUUUGUGCUAAACUAUAUGCCAAAUAAAAACUUAAUGA